UUCGAUCUCUCAAAGCCGAUUCCCUCUUGCGGUCAUGAUCGAAGAUUCCUGUCCCUUUUGACGUCCCAAAACGAGAGAAGAGAGACAGCGUAACCAGGACGACGUCCCGGGGCGCCCCGCUGGGCAGCUCAUCUUAAGGAAGGGCUUUUACCCGCCUCCUCUGUAAGCAGCACCUCCUGUGUAAGAGACGCACCAUGCAGCCGCCACCCCAGACGGUCCCACCUGGUGUGGCUGGACCCCCUCCGGCCGGGACUCCUCGGAGCGUGUUCUGGGGUAGUGGUGGCUACCGGAAGCCAGCCGGUAGCAGUGCCCUGGCAGCUCCACCUUGUCCGCUGCAGCCAGUCACGGAUCCGUUCGCUUUCAGUAGACAGAUGCUGCAAAACACCCCUCUGGAUACCUCGUCCACGAGCAGCCUGCCCGCCAGGAAUGACCCAGCCCUGCCCGUGUUUUCUCAGUGGCCUGGUUUACCUGUGCCUCGUGCCAGCGCAGGGGAUGGUGCCCAAGGACCCCAGGAGCCUCUGGCAGGACCUCUGUCACAGCCCAGCUCAGAGCCGUUUCCUGGCGUGUCGGUCCCUCCAUCGCUGCCGGGGCGGGAGAUGCCCAGGAGUGCCGAAGUCACUUCCAGCUUGGGGCCUGAAAUGCUGACUGCUCCACUUCAUGCGCCCCACUACAUUCCAGGAGGAGGUCCUGACCAGUCUUUCGGGGGCCAUCGGCGGGGGAGUGGGCCUGGGCCCACCCCGGGCGAUGGUGCAGUAGCCCUGGCUGCAUCAGCAACGUCCCCAUUCUUCCCCCAGCCUCAGUCACAGAUGCCAGCGCAGUGGGGGCCAGUGCAGGGCGGUCCCCAGCCCUCCCAGCAAUAUCCCCCUCCUGGCCCAGAAGGACCAGUCCAGAGCAUGGGACCGCAGGCCACCAGUACUCCCUACUUGCCUGCCCCCUUGAGCCUGCACCGUGGUCCUGGCUGCGAGUCCCAUGCCCAACUAGUGUCUCUGCUGGCCCCUUUAGCCAGUGGCAGAGGAAGCGAGGCGGCCCCCUUGCAAAGUGGAAACCACUCAGGAGGUAACUUCCACACCGAAAAUUCAUUUGGGCACAAUCCCCAGAUUGGGAAUAUGUGGGAAAGCCAGGAGUUCAGACAGAAUCCAGGAGUGAGUCCGGGAGUGAAAGAGCAUUUCCGGGACCCUGCCCCUGGGAACCCUGUCACUCAGGGAAAUAGUCCUGAAAACCACAUCCACUACUCGUCAGGGGCUGGGACCAGCCGAGCUCCAGGAGAAGCAGCCUCAGGAGCACUCUCCAUGUUUUUCCAAGGGGAAGAGACAGAAAAUGAGGAGAAUCUCUCAUCUGAAAAGGCAGGGUCCGCUGGCUGCCCGGACUUGGAUGGUUUCUCCUCCAGCCCCGGACUGGGCCGUCCCCUCCGCCCGGCACCUGGAGCUGGCCUCGCCCACCAGGCCUUUCUUCUCCAGGGCUCCUCCCUCAGUGAGCCUGUGCAGCAGGAAGGAGGCACACAGCCUUACUUCCCUCAGUCUGCGGGUAUCCAAAAUGAGAAACAGACCACUAAGAGUGCUGCUAGCGACACUUGGGGUGACACGGCCAGCGCAGGGCCUCUUGAUGCUAGCAGCUCACAGUAUGAGAAUGUUGAAAACUUAGAAUUCAUUCAGAAUCAAGAAGUUCUGCCGGUCGAGCCCCGAAGCUUGGGUGCUUCCUGCCAGAGUGAUCAGCUCCAGUAUGGACUCCUGCCUGGGCCACCCGUCUCCAGGCAUGGUACCGCGGGCCUCACACGAGGUGGGGCGCUGAGCCUGGGGGCCCCAGACACGCGAUCUGACGGCAGCCAGAGCCCCUGGAGUCUCCCCGGGUCAGCCCGGUCCCAGGAGCCGGUGGGUACAUUCAUCCAGCAGGAAGUGGGGAAGCCAGAGGAGGAAACAACGGGCAGUUUUUUUAAGCAAAUUGAUUCUUCUCCUGUGGGAGGCGACUCAGAGGAGCUCAGUGGGAGUCAGAAUUGUUACAGCACCUUGUCUCAGCCCUCCACCCCGAGCCCACCGAAACCUACAGGGAUAUUCCAGACAAGUGCAAACAGUUGUUUUGAGCCAGUAAAAUCCCAUUCAGUUGGCGUGAAGCCGGUUGAGGUGGAUCGUGCCAACAUGGUGGGUGAGGUGAGGAACAACCGUGAGCCCACGAAGAAGCCUAGACCUGUGGCUGCACCGCCCGAUGCCUCCCCUGGCAACCUCGAGCAGCCACCAGACAAUAUGGAGACACUGUUUGCACCCCAAGCCUGCCCUCUGCCUCUUCCCUCCACUGGAGAAGUGGGACACACAGUGGCACCCCCACUGGAUAUGGUGCGGCAAACUCCAGAAAAGAGGCCAGUAGCCCGGGCUCAGGGCUCCGUGAAGUGCGAGAGUCCUGCUACAACCCUCUGGGCACAGAGUGAGCUGCCAGACUUUGGCGGCAACGUGCUCCUAGCCCCUGCUGCUCCUGCACUCUAUGUGCCUGCAAAGCCUCAGCCACUAGCAGUUGUUCAGCCUCCGGAAGAGGGGCUGCCUGGGCAGCAGUCACGGCAGCCAGCCCCUGCCCACCCCUUGCAGAGCCGAGCCCACCCAAGCGCUUCAGAGAACCUUGAGAACCCUCCCAAGGUGGGUGGCAACGAAGCCCUUCAGUGCCAGGCAAGUUCCAGUUAUGUGAGUUUACUGUCCUCACCACCCACUGAGGCUUUGCAAAAUCAGCCUGUCUUGAUUGCCCAGCCUGAUCAAAGCUAUAAUUUGGCUCAGCCCAUUAAUUUUUCUGUGUCUUUACUGAAUCCGACCGAGAAGAAUCAGUCCUGGGGAGAUGCUUUGCUGGGGGACAAAUCCACCUCAAGUAGCCGGGCCUUUGGCGCUGAUCCCAGUGAACAUGCUGCUUUGUCCGGGGUUGUGCCCAGUGCUGCAGUUGUUUUGUCUCCACCUAACAGUGUCAUCCAGAGUAAUGUUCCACAGGGGUCCAGCUCUUCUGAUUCAAUGGGUUCUAAUCAGCCCGCUAAUUUGCUUGUGCAGCCACCGUCUUUCCCAGUUCUUAAGAACUCGCUUCCAGAAAGGCAGAAGACUCAUAAUUCAGAGAAGCUUCCCGAGUUUGUUAGUUGCCCUGCCGGAGGCACAGGAGUGGUGUUGGUGCCCCCUGCAAGCAGUACCUCGGUGCCGAGCAUCGUGAAGGAAAGUCACUCCAGUGACAGGGUAGAUGCCCCUGGAGCCUCAGACUUCACGGUGAGCAGAACUGUGGAAGAUCCUGUACGACUGUGCAGCCCAUCCCACUUGGAGGGCGCAGCCACUCCGCAGGCUGCUGCCAGUCCCCCCAGACAGUCGGGGCUUGGGGUACGGGACCCAGGCCUGUUCUACCAGCAGGUGAGAGAAGAUGACCUGGACCAGCGAGGCCUCAGAGCCCAGGUAGAGGUGGUGCCCCCUCAGCCGCGGGCCUCUCCCCCACAAAUUCCCCAAGCAGCUUCAAAGGCAGACAGUCCCUCCACACGGGGACAGCCCCAGGACUCAGCCCAGCCUCCAGCAAAUCUGGCCCCGGCUGCCUCGGGCCAGAAGCCACUGCCGCGGCCCCCGCAGUCCUCCAGCGCAUCAGCCAUGUCCACCGACUCAGGCCAGGCAGCGACUCGGCCAGAGCAGCCCUGGCUGCAGCCGCCACCGUCAAGUGCGUUCGGCCCAGCGCCACAGGACCUGGCACCCUACUACUAUUACAGACCCCUGUACGAUGCCUACCCAGCUCAGUACCCGGCGCCAUACCCGUCAGACCCUGGGACGGCCUCCCUCUCUUACCAGGACAUUUACGCCCUCUAUGAGCCCCGGUACAGGUCCUACGACAGCUCCGCCUCAGCAUACUCCGAGAGCUACCGCUGUCCCGAGCCCGAGCGGCCCAGCUCUCGGGCGAGUCACUGCUCGGACCGGCCCCCUGCCAGGCACGGGUAUCCUGAAGGGUACUAUAGUUCCAAGAGUGGAUGGAGCAGCCAGAGCGAUUACUAUGCGAACUACUACUCUGGCCAGUACGACUACGGAGAUCCAGGCCGAUGGGACCGCUACUAUGGCUCCCGAUUCCGGGAUCCCCGCACCUGGGGUCGGAGGUACUGGUACGACGCCGAGUACGACCCACACGGGAAGGAAAGCUAUGCCUGUGGCAGCGGCGGCAGGCCUGAGAAAGGUGAUGACCACUGGAGGUAUGACCCUCGCUUCGCCGGGAGCUUUGAUGAUGAUGCAGAGCCCCACAGGGAUGCCUACGGGGAGGAGGUGGACAGGCGUAGCGUGCAUAGCGAGCACUCGGCGCACAGCCUGCCCAGCGCGCACAGCCUGCCCAGCCGCCGCAGUAGCCUCAGCUCCCACUCGCAUCAGAGUCAGAUCUACAGAAGCCACAAUGCAGCUGCUGGCUCCUUUGAGGCCCCCCCUCCUCCAGCCUCCUUUCACGGGGACUUCGCCUACGGUACCUAUGGCUUCGCUGAGUAUGGCUAUCCUGUGGACGCCUGGCCCGCUGUGGAGCAAGUUCCAUCCAGACCCACGUCUCCUGAGAAGUUCUCGGUGCCACAUCUCUGUGCCAGGUUUGGUCCCGGCGGCCAGCUCAUCAAGGUGAUCCCCAACCUGCCCUCGGAAGGACAGCCUGCUCUGGUGGAGAUCCACAGCAUGGAGACUCUGCUGCAGCACACACCGGAGCAGGAGGAGCUGCGAGCGUUCCCGGGCCCCCUUGGCAGAGACGACACCCACAAAGUAGAUGUCAUUAAAUUUGCACAGAACAAAGCAACAAAAUGUUUACAGAAUGACAACCUGCUUGACAAAGAGUCUGCAAGUCUCCUCUGGAACUUCAUCAUCCUGUUGUGCCGACAGAAUGGGACCGUGGUGGGAACAGACAUCGCGGAGCUCUUGUUGCGAGACCAUAGAACAGUGUGGCUUCCUGGAAAGUCGCCCAAUGAGGCAAACCUGAUCGAUUUUACCAAUGAGCCUGUGGAGCAAGCGGAGGAGGAGUCUGGCGAAGCCCAGCUCUCGUUCCUCAUGGACAGUCAGGCAGCUGCCUCCAGCACCCUGGAGAAGGAGACUGAGCGGUUCCGGGAGCUGCUGCUCUAUGGCCGCAAGAAGGAUGCGUUGGAGUCUGCCAUGAAGAAUGGCCUGUGGGGCCAUGCUCUGCUCCUGGCCAGCAAGAUGGACAGCCGGACCCACGCGCGCGUCAUGACCAGGUUCGCCAACAGCCUUCCCAUCAAUGACCCCCUGCAGACCGUUUACCAGCUCAUGUCUGGGCGCAUGCCUGCCGCAUCCACGUGUUGUGGAGAUGAGAAGUGGGGGGACUGGAGGCCACACCUUGCCAUGGUUCUGUCCAACCUGAGCAACAACGUGGACGUGGAGUCCCGGACCAUGGCCACAAUGGGCGAUACCCUAGCCUCCAAAGGCCUCCUGGAUGCUGCUCACUUCUGCUACCUCAUGGCCCAGGUGGGGUUCGGGGUGUACACAAAGAAAACCACGAAGCUCGUCCUGAUUGGAUCAAAUCACAGCUUGCCAUUUUUGAAGUUUGCCACCAAUGAAGCUAUUCAGCGGACGGAAGCCUAUGAGUAUGCGCAGUCCCUUGGGGCCCAGACCUGCUCCUUGCCUAACUUCCAGGUGUUUAAGUUCAUCUACUCCUGUCGCCUGGCCGAGAUGGGACUUGCUAUCCAGGCCUUCCACUACUGCGAGGCGAUCGCCAAGAGCAUCCUGGCGCGGCCUGACGCCUACUCGCCCGUGCUUCUCGGCCAGCUGGUCCAGGUGGCUUCCCAGCUGCGCCUCUUUGACCCUCAGCUGAAAGAGAAGCCAGAGGAGGAGUCCUUCGUGGAGCCCACGUGGCUGGUCCAGCUGCGGCACGUGCACAGGCAGAUCCAGGAGGGCACUGUGCCUUACAGCCAGGACGGAGCCAACCCCUGGCAGUGUCCCAGCACGCCGGGUUCUGAAGUGGAGCAGGCGGACGGCCCCAGGCUCGGCCAGCUGGUGGGGCUGGGGGCUGAGCCCUCCGUGCUGCCUGGCCCAGAGUGCCCGAGUGCAGGCGGGCAGCCGCCACCCUCAGCCUUACAGACCCUCCCUGGUGGCCAGCUGCCCCACCCUGCUAGGGUGCCGAUGUUCCCGGUGCCACCACCCUUGAGCACUCUGGACCCAGGUCCCGGCUAUGGAACCCCAGGAUCUGCACUUGGAUUCCCAGAGCCUCCCAGGCCUGACCCUGUGGCUCUGUACCCAGGGCCAGGCCUGCCACCUGGUGCCCCAUCUCUGCAGGACAGUGGCCCCCUGGUGCAGGCCCGGAGCCCAGAACCAGGGAUGGCACCACAGGAGUCACCUGCCAGCACCUCACUGCCUGAGCCAAGUGAAGAGGAUUUGGGCGGAAAUUUUGCUAAUCUGGGCUCCCUGAAGGCAGCACAGGAUCUGGAGACGCCCCCAGCCUGGGACAGCGCUGGCUCAGUAUCGCCGCAGCCUUCUCUGCCUCUGACACCUGUUCCUGAAGCCAAGAGAGCAGCCCCGGCAGUCAGGAAAGAGACCAAAGAAGCCAAGAAGAGUGAGUCCUGGUUCUCUCGCUGGCUCCCUGGGAAGAAGAGGACAGAAGCAUACCUGCCAGAUGACAAGAACAAAUCGAUUGUUUGGGAUGAAAAGAGAAACCAGUGGGUGAACUUAAACGAGCCAGAGGAGGAGAAGAAGGCUCCACCUCCGCCCCCCAUGGCGUUCCCCAGGGCCCCGCAGGGGGCUCCCCCUGGGCUCGGUGGGCCUCCCGGGCCUCCCGCAUCCUCUAUAAACGUGUUUUCCAGGAAAGCAGGCGGAUCCAGAGCUCGCUACGUGGAUGUCUUAAACCCAGGGGGGACGCAGCGGACUGAGCCAGCCCUCGCUCCCGCAGAUUUUUUUGCUCCACUCGCCCCACUUCCGAUCCCUCCUAACUUGUUUGUACCAAACCCAGAUGCGGAGGAGCCGAAGCUUGCAGAUGGCAGUGGGGGGCACGUGCCAGCUGGGGCUCAGGCGGAUCUGGAGCCUACAGAGGACCGCAAGGCUUCUGCCACGUCGGGGAGCUCACGGCCUGGGAGGAUUGGCCAGCGCAGAUACCCAGCGCUCAACUAGAACUGCCUGCUACCUGUCCUUGCGGUUGGGACCCUGAAAUGACUGCUACCUGCCAGGAGCUACACAGGCCACCAGGGUCCUGUCCCUGGGCAGACACAGCAGUAACUUGGCCGGUCAUACUGUGUGUCUCCCUCCUCCAGCCUGUUGGUAUUCAUUAUUGCAGAAUUAAUUCCUUGGUCCUUUUAGGAGGCUGAGUGUAUGAAUACAACUCAGACUUUUUCACGUAAAGGACAAUGCUCCUUUUCUCAGUCCCUUAGGAUGAUUUAGGGACGUGGUACACCCUGGGAGUGUCAGAAAAGGAAAGCCGGGCCCUGGCGUGGCCCCACACUUCCUGUGAGGGUCUCAGAGGAAAGAGUGCCCGAGGGGCAGGUCCCGCUCCACCACAGGCUGGCUGGUGCACUCCUGUGGCCAGUGGUGGCUGCAGUGGGGGAGAGCCCUGGUUGCUGCGGGGCCUGUCUCUGGGAAUGAAGGCGUGUGAGGCUUGACUAGGCCGAAGCGUGUGGUGGCACGUCGCCUGGGCUGUUGCUUUUGAGCAGCUGGUCUGGUUCCAUCCCAAGUGCCAUCCUAUGGGUGCCCGGCCCAGAGACGCUAGUAUGGCCAGGGCUCGGGAGGGCGCUCGGCGUGGCUUGCCCCCAAGUGCCCAUGGAGACCUUGGCUGCAGCUCCACCAGGCUGCAAGGGCCCAGCCACUGUUCUUACUACUUUCUUUCUUAUGGGGACUGAGACGAUGGGGAGAGUCGGAUAUUUAUGAAAUCAGUAGGUAAUAAUGUAGGUUCUGCUGGGGGAGCGUAAACGGUUAGGUAUUUUAGGUAGAGAAACUGUAGAAUGUGGAAUUGGCACGGCCCGCCCCAGUAUCCUGGUUCACCUCAUCCUCUGGGCGAGACCCUGAGCAGCUUCCGGAAUGUACCCGAGACCAGGCCGCCUGGGCCCCGGCCUCCCGGGCGCAGUGCUGGUGGCCCCUGCUGGGCCGCACGGCUUCCUGGGAUCCAGCGCUGCACAGGCUCUGCGACAACUGCCAGCCACUUUUGACCCAAGAAGCUUCCUCCGAAGUGGGAGCUGCUAUUUUUCCUAAAUGCAAAUUGUUAAAUAAAAUAUUUUGGGCUCUCAAGCA